AUGCCGCCGAAAAUAUCGAUCUGGAGACAUCUAAAAAUAGGGUCGUUCUUUGACUUUAUCUCACCCAUCAAGAUCAACAAUGCUUCGCAAUUUUCUUCCUCUUCGCGGGCCGCUUUCGGUGGUGUUAAGAUGAAGAGAGUCUCUUCUUCCACCUCCCCUACACUCCUUGCAGCCUCUAAAGCCGCUGCACUCGAGCGCCGACGAGUUCCUCAACGCGUUGGCACUCUUGCUGUUAAGAAGGAAAUGACCGCUGUUUAUCUUCCUAACGGCCAACGAAUUCCUUGCACAAUCCUACAACUUGAUCGAGUCCAAGUUGUGGCCCCAAAAACUAAGAAGGAGCAUGGCUACUGGGCUUGUCAAGUGGGUUUGGGAUGGAAAGCUCCGAAAAACAUAACAAAACCGAUGCUGGGGCACUACGAAAAAUUUGGUGUAGCACCCAAGAAAACAAUUAAAGAAUUUAGGGUGAAGGACGAGAACGGAAAGGGGUUUGCGGGAGGAAUGAAACGCCAUGGAUGGGCUGGUCAGCCGGCCUCUCAUGGUAACUCUUUAACCCAUCGAGCAAUGGGCUCUGCUGGUCAAUCCCAGGGUGGCGGGUCUCGUGUGUAUCCGGGAAAGCGGAUGGCAGGGAGGAUGGGUGGGCACUCGAAGACCAUUCAGCACAGGCAGGUUUUGAAAGUGGACCAGGAAUUGGGCGUGGUUUUGAUCAACGGACCCAUUCCGGGGCCCAAAGGUGGCAUCGUUAGUAUUCAAGAUACUAUUCACAGGCCUUCUCCAGUGGUUCCAGAGCCCCACAUAGUUGUUUCCAUGUAA